GAUUAUAUGAAUUGCAGAAAUUUCUUUUCAUAGAAGCUUUUUCUUCCCUUAGCUUCGAUCGUAUUGUAGUUCUUUUGUGAGAAGAUUAAGCAGCUUUGCCGUGCAGUGUGCAAUAUAAAAGGCAGAAAUAAAACAUCUGUAGUGAUAAAGUGAACCAACGGAAACGGUGUCUACCUGUAGGAGUUCUGCUGUAGUUACACACAUACAGAAAAAAUACAGCAUUUUGCAGUGAAGUGAAGUGAAAAUGGUACUGAUAAAAGGGAUUUAUCUCGUUCUGCUGGUGCUGGUGGCUAGCAGCAGUUUCCACAGCACUCAGGUGAAAGGAGAUAAGUACGAGGAUGAGGAUGACUACUACGAUUCUAGAGAGCGCAUUCUGGAAUCGUCGUACCACGGCUUAAUCAAAGAAAAUGAAACAUUCGUUGAAAUUACGCCGUUGAUCAAAGUCGACGAAACAAAAAUUUGUGGAUUUCACAUAAUCAAAAAGAAUAAGGAGAUACCGUUUCAGAUCGAACUAGUCAACGAGCUGGGAAUUCUGAAAGCGAAAAAAUCGCUGAAUUGUGAAAAGCGCAAAAACUACAAAUUUGACAUCACGGCGGUGUUCUGUGAUGGUUCGCACUCGAAAAGCGCAAGCGUUCACAUCUCGGUGAUUGACAUAAAUGAAUAUUCUCCAACAUUCCUGCAGCCAUCGUACGUUACCGAGGUGGACGAGGGCCGACUGUAUCAGGAAAUCAUCCGAGUGGAAGCGACAGACAAAGAUUGUACGCCACUGUUUGGCGAUGUGUGUAAGUACGAGAUUCUGACCAGUGACCAACCGUUCACGAUCGAUAACGAGGGCUCGAUCCGGAACACCGAGCCUCUGUCACACAAAGCAUCCCACAACCACAUCCUGUCGGUGGUGGCCUACGAUUGUGCGAUGAAACAGUCAGCUCCUGUUAUGGUUAACAUCCGAGUGCGCCGGGUGUGCGAGGCGCACGUCAUGGGAGUUGCCGAACGAAUCGAUUAUAUUGCCAACUCGAUGGAGAGUGUUUCGUUAUUCCCAAAGGUUCAUCUCGAGCUGUGUGAUAUGCAGUGCAAAGGCGAAGACAUGGUUGUCCAAUCGUCGGUUUCGCUCAAAACCAAACACAUCUCGUUUGGCUGUGACCGCGAUGCGAGUCAUUGUCUACAGAAGCUCAGCGAGGAAGAACGAACUGAAACCGGUAUGGUUGACUUGUUACAGAAGAACACCGAGUGGACCAAGGAUCUGGUUUACGACGAGGGCACUGAAUCAAUUUUUCACUUCGAUGGUAGUUCCGGCGCUAUCAUCCCGAAGAACGUAAUUAAAUCUCAGGACUUUGCAUCCCAUCAGUUCAGUGUCAUGACUAUGUUCCGACAUCACAGCAUCAAUUCAAACGAUAAACAUACCAAGGAGCAUAUCAUUUGCAGUGCUGAUGAUCAUAAAAUGAACCGCCAUCAUAUGGCUUUGUUUGUGAGAAACUGUAGGUUAAUCUUAUUGCUGCGCAAAAACUUCAACGAUGGUGACCUGAACAUUUUCAGCCCGGCGGAAUGGCGCUGGAAGAUUCCUCAGGUUUGCGACAAUGAGUGGCAUCACUAUACAAUCAAUGUAGACCUACCCAAGGUUGAUCUUUACGUUGAUGGAGUAAAGUUUGAGAGCAAUGUCGAAGAUCGACACAGUAAUCCAGAAGUUAUCGAUGAUUGGCCAUUACAUGCUGCUCAUGGUAUCAACACUACUCUGUCUAUUGGAGCCUGCUAUCAGGGUUCUGAAAAUCGUCUGAAACAUGGAUUCAGCGGUGAUAUUUCCCAGAUCAAAAUAUCUUUGAAAAAGAUCCUUACUACAAACCAGAUUCGCUGCGGAACAGAUUGUGCAGAAAAAUUGCUUCCUCCAGCAGACCACUAUUUAGAACCCGAACAACAAAUCCAAACCAACACGCAGAUGAACAAGAUCAUUAUCGAAGGUAGCAACAAGAGCAACAUAGAGCAACUGCUUCAACAAAUUCAGUACAUAAACGGCAAAGACAAUCCAACUAUUGGCCGCCGCAACAUCCAAAUCAUGACAACUGUCAGCUGUCCUAACAAAAAAGCUAUUCGAUUACCAACAAUCGAUACAUACAUCAUGGUAACAUCAUCGAACGUCUCCACGCCACCAGUGACGCCCUCGGCCACACUAUACAACAAAAUUCUUGUCGACAAACCACUAACUAUUGACCAAAAACCGCAGAUAGUCAUCACUGGCAACUCAAAUCACCUUGUAUCCUACCCAGAUAUCAAAGAUGGUGUCAAAAUUCUAGCCCAGAUCAACAUCAGUAUCUACACGGGCCAGGAAAUCCGCCCAGCCCUGCAAAAACUUGACGCUUGCAACGUCAACGUGUUCCCUAGUCUCAACCCGGACCACGAGGAAAUCACCAUCGACGAUAAGGAAGGUACCGAUGAGUCACUGUUCAAAUUUGACAUCAAAACAAAAAUCAGCAAGGACGGGGUGGAAAUGAUCGGUUACGAUACCAUCGAAAACUAUCAGCACAUCUUGAAGUCGCUGGUGUACAUCAAUAAAAAGCCAGCCUACUAUUUGAACCGGGUGUUCAAGCUUACCUGCUCACAGGUAGAUGAUCACUUCCGAAGUGCCGAGUACACACUGACGCUAACGGUGCUGCAUCCGAAACAGCAACCCACGUCCGCUUCCACCGCACCCAACGUUCUGCUGGCCGUGCCGUCCGUAGUACCGACUGCAGCCAUCGACGGACAUUCUAGUGCUGCCAUCGCUGCGGAUUCACACGAUACAAAUCAAUACGCACAUGCGAUGCUCCACUCACACGACAUCCAGGAAUCGCAGUCCAAGGUGCACAACCUGGCACACGAGAAGGGGCAGCUGGCCUCGUCCCACUCGACCAUGUUGAUCGUGGUAAUCUGUGCAUCGUUCGUGCUGUUGAUCUGCGGUGUCGGAAUCGCCCGCCUGCGGAACAAUAGCGGCGGAAGCGGCAAUGGAGCAAGCCAAACGCGGAAUCUGGAUAAGCACCAGCCCUGCGCGAAGGUGGCCGCCGAGCAGCAGCUGGACUGGGAUGAUUCAGCUCUGACCAUCACCAUCAAUCCGAUGCAGAAUGACCAUCUGUCGGACGAGAGCUCCGAGUCGGAAAAUUCCGACUCCGAGGACGAAGAGGUUAUCAACGGGCGCUACAAGAACGUCAGCCAGUUGGAAUGGGACAACUCUACAAUCUAAAUGAAUGUAUCAAAAGUUUUAAAUUAUGGAAAAUUUAUUGCAUAUUUUAAAAUUAUUAAAACAAACAACAAAUGUGAAAACAAGCAAAAUUGCCAUCCACUUUCCAACCUAUACAGUAUGUAUGUAUGUACACACCAACAGACACAAGCAGACAAACACGCGCAUACACAAAAAACGCCUCUAGAUAAAACAGUAGCAGAAUAAUGGACAGCAGCAGUGGUCGGAAUCGGAAUAAAAAGCCGGUCGGCAGCCGUCAACCGAGAACCGGCUCAUCAUGUGUGCACACAGUAGGCGUUGGGGGAAGCAAGUGGUAGCCGAUCUAUAUGCAUUAUUAACUAGCGAACAAUAGUGAUGACACGUACAUAGAUUCAAAAACACACAUACGCACUCACACAUACACACAUACACACACAUCAACAGGAUAAAAAUUCUACCGGAAUCGACAAACCCAGUGUGAGGCAAAUAAACAGGCAAAGUGUCCGUGCGGGAAUAUGAAGAGUGGGAAGUUCUGUCAUCUUUAUUUGCUCAGUUACCCCCCAGUCCUUACGCUGGCACCGUUUUUGAGGCAUGAACUGAACAGGGAAAGAAAACAAAAGCAAAGCUUAUGAUAUUGAAUAAAUUUUUGGUGAAGGCAGGCAUCGGAAAACUGCAACAUACCUAUAACAUACAAACUGAUGUAGAAACAUAGGCUAAUUACGUGCUGCUGAUAGAAAACAGGCUAGUCGGUUCUCUCACAUCGAAACGAUUGCAUGACACACAGCAACGGUAGCCGACAGGUUGAGAAAUUGCUCCUCGGGGAAUUGGCAGCAAAAAUAGUGUUUUAUAUUCCGAAGGUUGUUGGACAUCUUAUGUUGCUAGGCUUUGUUUCAGCCGAUGUUGUAUGAAUGAUUUGCGAUUUUUUUACUAAAAGUAUUUUGCAAAAUUAAUACUCCACUACUGUACAACACCCAUUCUGGUGUCUUAAUAUAUUACCUAUUUUGUACAAAAGCAGCUGCUUCGUAUAAGUACCGGUUGCCACUGCGUGUCGUUUAUCUCAUAAACCACAAAUUACUCAAAUAUAACAAUUAUUAAUGGGUAUGCAUGCAAGUAGUACAAGCCUUAUUUCCAGUUAUAUCCUUUAAAUGCUCCGUUUUCGCAUAUACCCACCUGUUCAGAAAUCUGUUUCGAAUUGAGUAUGUGGAUUCUGAAACGAACAAGCAGAGCAUUAUCACCACUUCAUAAUGGGGCACAUUAAAAUUUGUAUUCCGUGCACUCGAAUAAUAAUUGUUGUGCUGCUACUGACGGCAAUUUGCCAUCGAAAUUUAAACCAUGCUCCUUUACUACACCGUGCCUGUCUCUCUGUUUCACAGGAAUGGUAACGAUUCGCAACACAAAUUAUAACUUCCAUGAUCGUUGUAUACAGUGCUUUAUUCCGUACUCGAUUCAGAAGAGAAAAUUAAUUCAAGAGCAACCGAUUCAUUCCAGCCAGGAUGAGCCACUGAAUACAGUGGAUGAGAGGACCUAGUUGAUGUAUUUAGUUAAAAUUUUUAUGCGUUCAGUUUUGUUUCAUAAUUUGAUGUCGUGAUACCCGAUAAAAUGUACAGAAGCGCUCUCGUCGUGUGCUCGAGAGUCGAGAUUAUGCUGGAAGUUGUUGUAGCAUGAAACUUUUGAGGGGGAUUAUUUUUUUGCUAUUCUGUUCGCUGGUGACACAAUCUGAUGCUGAGAGAUUCGCCCUUAUGAACGCUGGAAAACUGUAAAAAGCUGGACAUGUGUGUUACAUUGGUUUUCCAACUUCACUUGACUGAAUGCACUUUUUUAAAACUCCGGUUCAAAUGACUUGUUCCUGAAAAAUGUUCCAAAUUUAAUGCCUUUGAAGAAUGCUAGAAAGCUGAAACGUUUGCUCACAACACAACAAGCGUUCAAGUUUGCGUUUUGAGCAGAAAUCAAGAAAUGGAUUGAGUUAUCAGAAAGAAUUUUUUGACGGGUUAUCGACCCUAUACUUACAAUUAUCGUUGAGUCAUGGUUUUUCUCAAGCCAUUCGAUUGAUUGCUUAAGCGAUAACUAAAUUAUGAAAGCAUUGGGAAGUAGCUAAAAAAUGUCAGGAAAAAAAUCUCGAAAUAAUGUGCUUUCCAUCCAUUCUAGAUGCCAACGCAUUUCCAUAUGUACACUCUUAGAAAAAAUGAAAAUUACAUUUGACGUAAACAACGUAAAGACGUAUUUUUCCAUCCGAUAUUAGGAUUUUACAUGUUAUGAUAUUGUGACUCUUUUGAUUAAAUAUUGUGACUCUUUUGAUGUAAAACUUAGGCUGAAUGACCUAGGAAAAGCCGAACAUCUCACUUUUUUACAUGUAAUUACAUGUAAAUUUAUGUGAAUUGGGACGCUCCUUUUAUGUGCGUCUGGCAAGACGUGAAGUUACACGACUUUUUUUUGCUGUGUAUAGCCAGGGACGGCGUUCAUUGUUCGUAUGUCUUUCUUCUCCAUCUCAGCUCAUAUAAUCCAGCUCAUUUCGGUUCGACAAACUGGUUACACCAACAUAGACAUUCAAUUCAUUAUCAAUUAACACGGUUUGAAGCGUUCAAGAAUCUCUAAAUACUAGAUUGAAUUAGCAUUUUAUGCAGAGCAGCUUUUGUGGUCAUCUAAAGCAAGCAUGUCGGUCGAUGCCGCUUUUUGUUUUCUAAUGACGAUAACUGGAUUUUACGCUGAUUAGGGCGUUAUUAAUGCCAGAUGAUCAGGAGACUUACUCAGAAGUAAGGAACGAUGAUCUGUCCUGUGCGCCUAUCGCGAAUGGAGAUUUUUUUUUUAAUUUUAACCAAACGACUGGUUAAUUGUUUGUUUUUUACUAGUGAUAGUAUAGCAUAUUCUACCCAUGAUCACAUAUUUGAAGGGGAAACUCGGUUUCCAACGAACAGGUUUAGCAGUUCCCUCAAAACGGAACAGCCGGAACUAACCGUAGGGACAAUGCGAUGCAGUCGCGGCGUUACUAAAAGCAUCGCCCCAUUUUAUAUUACUGUUUCACCGAACCCAAAGGUUUCGUAAGGAUGUCUGCAGUCAUGUCCUCGGUAGCACAGUAUUGUAGAACAGUUUAACGACAAGAUUGUUGGUGUAGUGGAGCCUGGUGUCUAUAUGCUCUGGACUUGACUUCAGUCUCCAUAAAAUCGGUACAACUACAAUUAUCCUCCAUUACGAAAGUUGGUUUCGUUGUUGUGCUCCCAUCUCAUCAAGUAGCUAUCUGAGUCAGACCAACUCACGGCACGCCAUGUAUUCGACCUCCGUGCUGGACAAAGAAACGCUGGUUUGUUUGCGACUUGCACAGAAAAUUGUAGCCUUUCCCAGUUGGAACAGAUACCCGGAUCGCUACUCCAAUCGCAGUACCCAGUAAGUACUAAACCGUCGCUCUUCUCAGCUUCGACUUGUAGCUACGAGUCUUAAGCAGGUAUCUCACAACACGUUUUAGUUCAACUCAGUCGGUUUGCUAAACCUGUCUGCUUAGAAUCGAUACACUCGCCGCAAUUUCCGGACGCAUAUUCACUGCAAUAUAUAGCAGCGCUUCCACCAUACUGUGAUCUUGCCUGUUCGUAUCCAUCUACGAACUAUUCACUCGACUACGGUGGUAUGCAGAAUCGAGAGGAAUAUUCGAAUCUUUCGCAUUUACUAGACCAAAUCGUUGCGCAAGUACAUUAAUAAACACGUUCUGAUCCAUCCUUCCUCAUCUUUGGUUACUCUUAAACCGAGAAAUUGACUAGCUUCUACCAAUGACGUCAAGUUGUGCUUGUCACCACGAUUAUGUCAUCGACAUAGAUUAAAAGGUAAACGAAUUCACCAUCAGGCAGUCUUUACACAUACAUACAUGGAUCUGAUACUGAUUGUGUGAAACCAAGGACCUUCAACAUCGUGCUGAAAAUCUCGUUCCACACCCGCGCGACUUGCCUCAAGCCAUAAAGCCUAUGCUCGAGCUGACACACGAACUUCUCCUUUCCAGGAACACCAAAACCUUUAGGUUGCUGUAUGUAUGCUUCUUCCAUGAGCUUUUCAUGCAGCUAAACACUCUUAACAUCCAGAUGAUGAACGAAAAACUUCAUUUCACCAUCAACCGUUAGGAGAAUCCGUAACUUCGCAAAGACGGCGUCAAACCAACCCCGAAUUUCUGCGAGAACCCUCUCGUUACAAGCCGGGCUUUGAAACGACACACAUUUCUAACUCUGUCAUGCUUUUUCUUAUUCCUGUAUUACCACUUCCUACCAACCGCCUUGGUAGUACACCUCUGGUGCUUCGCUUUUGAUCGCGCACUGGCGCUUCCGUUUGGUCGAGUUGCUCCUGUUCAUUAUCCCACCCGAAAAAAAUCUUCUUCCUUUGAAUUAUCCUGGUAUCUUGCCUACACAGGACCAGUAGCCUUUCUUCGAUUCUUGGUAACGUCGGUUGUGAUCUCAACUUCAACAUGUUCUUCUGGUGGGGAGCACCCACCCGACUUUGGUGACUCCUCCUGAAGCUCCGCAAAUCGAGUAUCGCGACCUUUCUAUCAUUGCAGUGGCCCAGGUACAACAGUUUCUUCGCAUUACUGUUCAAGUUAGAUCGCUUAGCAUCGGGGAUGUGAACGAAUGCUGUGCAACCAAACACCUUUAAAUGAGCUAGUGUUGGUUUCUUAACAUACAACCUUUUGUACGGUGUUCUAUAUACGGCAUGAAGUGGCAUUCUAUUCUAUUAGUACGCAGCUGUAGUAUUCGCUAGCGAACUGCAAAUUGAUGCUAUUUAUAUGAAUCUACCCUAUGGCCUUCGACAACAUCAGUCAUGAUAUCGCAAUAGCCAAGCUAGACAAACUCGUUAUUCAUGGACAAGUCCAUGUUGUUUUCAGUCCUAUCUCGAUUGAAGGAAACUCAUCGUCAGCAUUAAUGCUAUGCUUAAUUCUAUGUUGACAACAUGAAGAUUUAUUGAUGGAUACGGGAUCCAAGAAAUGCCGAAAGUCUAACCAGUUUCAGUAUGUGUGGUAAUCUGAACAGAACAAUUAAUUGUUUUUUUUUACUCAGCUCAAACGUCACGUUUGCAGGGAAAUAUCGUCCGGUCCAGUUCACUUACCAUUUGUGCGACUCGAGCAUUCCAAGACUCUCUCACGUCAAGGAUCCAGGAGACAACGUGGCUUUGGCACUAACAUUCAAACCACAAAAAUUGUGGAUAUGGCAUCUAAGGGUUAAUCUUCCGGAUAGCAUAAAAUUGGUACGUUCAACACUAGAAUAUUGUUCUGCUGUUUGAGUUGACAGAAUCGAGGCUGUCUAAUGCUUUGCUCUUCGUCAUCUCAUGAUAAAACGGAUUUCAACUACUACCGAGCUACGAAUGAAUGCUCUUGAACCCUAUUCAUCCCUGAUUUACUGUCUGCCAGAGUAAGUUGAUUUUAAAUUCUCGAACGCAUGGUUUUUUUCAAGCCCUUAUUCGAACUCUAUGAUAUACAUUUCACCGGCGACUAGCUUCCAAGAGAACCAAUUACGGUCGCCACAGAGCUGUUGUCAGACUGCAACGUGUUUCCAACAGUGUUACAGUCUGAAUCAGCUUCGUGAUAAAGCAAAAAAGUUUAAUGUUUUACAUUAGUAAGUUGUUAAUAGUACGGUAUGUGCUAUAUCAACUAGGCUUGAGGCUAUUCAAUUGUGAAGCAUGUGGUGUUUUCAGAACUAAUGUACAUCAUUGCAAUACAGCAGAAACAUGAAUGGUCCCAAGUGGUUUCUUUGGGUUAUAGGACAAAAAGGUUGGUGCCUGGAAAUCUCCAAUGACAAUCGCUACCUUUCGGUUUGUGGGGUAGUUUAAAAUCUCUUGAAAACACAACCGCACAUUCCAAAAUUCCCGAUUUUUGCUAGUGUGAUGUAACUUUAUCGAACGCGCAGAUAGUUUGGUGUAAAAAUCUUCCUUCUAACCACGACAUUCCAUAUUAUCUGUCGAACCCUGUUAAUCGUCACAUAGGUACUGUUUGCAGUACAACUUCGAGAUGCUUGCUAAACUUAUUCCAAAAUGGAUUCUAUGGACGAGAUCUUCUAAAGACUUCAGAUCUACCAUACAUCGGGAAAACCUUUGAAAGAUUGGUUAAUCGCAGGCUGGUUGCGAUUCCCGAGCAACGGAAGGUAUUAGAUCAACGUCAGUUGACAUAUUGAAAGGGCGCAGGCACCGGUAUCUAUCUUGGUUCUCUUGGAGAACCCCUUGGGCAAGCAAUAGAGGAUGGAUUCCGCGCCGGUUGUACGGCGCUUGAUAUCGGCAAAGGAUACAAUACUGUUUAGCGCGAGGAGUUCUUCGGCAGCUUCAUUACCUUGGAUAUUAUAUUCGAUUAUUAUUCGACAAUCGCAGUUUUCAAAAUAGUAUCUGUAGCAGUACAUCUGAUAUUUGUAUAGUGAAAAAUGCAUUCAUCCAAGGUUCGGUAUCAGCCGUAAUGUUCUUUUUAUUGAGCUUGCGAACCCCUGUUAGCGGUUCUCCUGAAGGAAGUGUGCGUAUUACUUAUAACCGUACUUCAAACGGAUCCAUUGUCUCGUUGAAGAAAGAGUCCAGGAUACUCGGGAUAACGAUGAAUCAUAUACCCAAUAUUCAUUCUGUACUUUCGAAAAUUCAAAAAAGUGUGAGAAACCGAAAAUACACGAUUGACGAGAAAUUUCCUGGUUCUUCUAUGCCUCCGCGGGCACGCCUUCACCAUUCAUAGUACUCAACGUCCCCUAGCAUCGAAAUCUCGGUUUGCCGAAGCGAGUGCGGCGCCCGUAAUCGAUAACCUCUCAUCACCAUAUGCUGGGCCACAGGACGUAUGCGGGAUCCCUGGCAACGAAAACGCCGACCUACUCGCAACGCUCGGGAGCUUCGCGCGAUCGUAUAUAAUUUCAUUAUACUUUUCCUAACUCCAUUCGGGACGCACUGGUUAACGAUUUCACGAGGUAAGAAGUCCUUCUGUUAUCUCCUAAGCAAGUCAAUCUUUUUGAUGCCAUCUAACCCCUAGUUUAUCGCCCAACUCUGACAAUCACCGAGUAUAGUUUGAAAAAUUGGUUCCUAAACUAAAAAGGGUUUGACGCUUUGGAAAAAAAUUAAAUUUCGAAUAUGCUGGGAACAUUGUUUGCGUACCAUUGUUUUAUGCACAACAAAAAGGGUAUUUUUAGAGUCGUCAAAAUGUAAAACAAUAUUACAUCCGCUAAUUGAUUCGUGAAGAGUUUGCUUCACGACGGCCUCCUCUGAAAGAUGCGAACAGGUACUAUAAGUUUAGUGCAGUAGUAGAUCGUUGCACAUAUGUAUGUGUAUAAGAGUACCUAUCUAGUUACGUUCUAAUAGAACUCUCAUUAUGAUGAAAUUUUCUGCUGCCAAUUCACCGAGACUGCAUUUUAUCGUAGGUUAUAAUUCUUUCCCACUCUAGAGGCAAUUUUCCCAAAAAUGGUUUUUACAUUACAAACCAAUCUAAUGCUCCGAAAACAACGCCUGCUUCGUUUUGCAGUAUGUAUUUCAGUUUAGGUUCCUAUAGAUAUGCAACGUGCAAUACGAUUACGCAUACCAAGCCAGAAAGCGCCAUAACAUAUUCUAUUAUUAGAGCAACAGCAACUCUCCCCUAAAGAAACAAAAAAUCUCGGUUUUAAAACAAACGCCUCAGUAAACUAGAUCUGCACAGGUUUAAGGUAAGCACAGGUAUUGUUGGUUAACUUGAAACCGUCCAUAUCGAAUGAUCCGGUGAGUUUUGCAGUGAGGCAGCAGCAGCAGCAGCAGUGCUUUUCACUUAGCGGGAUCAAGUUUUGCACUAACACUGGCAAACUCACACUCUCACACAGAUACACAGAUAGAAACACACAGGCGCACGCACAUACGAUUCUAGCUUCCCCAUGUUUAAGUAAAACACCGACAAAGAUGAAACUUUUCAACAAUUGUUUAGGAAAUUUGACGAAAAAACGUUUUCCGAAACAAUGGUGAUUGUGUUAAUCGAGUUCUAAGUUGUAGAUUUUAGUUACUUUACAAAGUAGCGAGCAGAGAGAAAAUAUAGUCGAAAGAUGUAAAAUCAAAAUAAUUUUGUGAUACAAGUAAAAGGAUGUAAACGAGUAAUAGCUAUUCUUUUAUUCAUAAUAAACAAAACGCGGUGAGAGGAACGGUUAAGCCACUCGCCAUUAAACACGAUUUCCUUUUAAUUAAUCAUUAGUUUUAAUAUAUGAUUUUUAUUUUAUAUACGAUUACCCCACGUUUGGAGAAAAGAUUUUGAUUGUGUUUGUUUUUAUUGAAAUGAAUUCGUUGCUCAUUGUUUGUGAGAGGCAGACUACGUUUUUUGUUUUUUUGACACACCUAGACGUAACACUAGCGCGUAAGUGGUAAGCAAGUCUAACAAAAAUGAAAAGUGUAAAAAUACAUCAAAUUGGAAUUUAACAUUAAAUUUAAUAGCAUCAAGCGGUAAUUAUAUCAGUACUAACAUUGUUUGCAAGGAGAACACAGAAAAAAAUAAUGUAAAACAUAAACAGCAAGAAGGGAAGCGCGGUAAUUCAACGUCAGCUAAAAAGUAUUGAAAAUGCAAAUGCUAAACAAUAGGGAAAAACUGAACUUAGUAUAUAUAUUUAUAUGACCGGUACAUUAAUUUGAUAUUAAAGUGGCAAAAAACUGACGCCGAUAUCCAACACAUUUAAAGCAAACCCCCCGAGCAGAAAGGAGGAGAAAAAUGAAGGAGGAGUUAGAAUCGUAGUUAAUAAAAUUGUGUGACACGUUGCAGAAGGAAACGAAAAGUAGUACACGGAGUGCAAAACUCAUCGCAAACAGGAAACAAAGCGACUCGAUGGGUCUUCGGGUGGAAGUGAGAGGUAGUGGAGGAAAAUCUCGUUACCAACGCUUGACAUUGCUGUGACGCGCUUUGCGGUGAUGGGAUGUGGAAGGAUAUUCAUAAGCCAUGCCCUCAGAUCGUUUGCGGUGUUGUAUGAGGUAGUGGGUGGAUGCUGCCAACAGUCAGUGGAAUACUGUUUUCGAGAAAUGAACAAGUUUCCAGACCGUUUGAAAACAAGGUCAUUAGACGGUUGUACACGAACAGAUUAAACAUGUGCAUUUAUGUAUAGAUUUAUUAGGAUGCACGACAUAGUUUGACUUUGGAUGAGAAUUUCCAGACUUCGAUUAUUUUUGAAACAAUUGUCGACACAGUUGCGUUGCCACUGUGUCGCUGAUGUCAUUGCACAUGUUUCCAGCUAUGAUUGACACCACGUGGUUAAUGGAUGUUUCGGCAGCUACACGAACUGUCAGUGGUUACUUAGAUUUCCACACUGCAUGUCCAAUGACUGAUGGUUAGCGCAUAUAUUUCUUGUUCUUGGAAAUACUCUUAUGUUUAAUGCAUAACUCAUUUCAACCACUUAAGUUUCAAUGACAACUGCCCCAAUGGGUGUUGGACAUACCGCAUAUAGCACAAACACUAUUUUCACAACAAUGACGCGAAAUGUGCAUGGGAUAAACAGAUUAGAUGUACAGCUUUCCUUCCAUCCAAGAAUAGGGGAAAAAAGGAUUGGUCGAAUGAUGCAAACAAAUGUAGCUAUACGUAUAGAGAAUAGAAGAACUAUAACCUAACUAUAACAGUAAACAGUUGGAAAGAGAGGUAAAUAAAAUUAUAUACAUAUAAAAUCACAAAAAACGACACAGACACAAGUGGGAGUAAAUAUUUGAAAAACAUAUGCUUAAGUUUGUGAAAAUAAAAAAAAAAAAAGAGAAACAAUCGUAAUCGUGUUUAAAUGUGAAUACUUACAGUGGAAAUUAAAGCAAAACAAACAGCCACAGUGUGUACACAAUGAAUAGUGUGUAUAUGUACACAUAACUUAGCAGUAUAAACUUUUCUGUUAAACGAUCAUCCUAUAUAGAAAAAAAAACAAGUGAAGACAAACAGAUAUUUAGCGUACUUAAGUGAACAGACUAAGAGUAAUUAAAGAAAACCAGGACAAACAAAAAUCUAUAGUAAAUAACAAUUAAAAUCCGAAAAAUUUACUCAUCGUAAGAAAAUGCUGCUUUAACAAUCUUUCUAGCAUUAAACAAGGAUCAAGAAAAAUAACUGAAAACAUUAUAUCACGCAUCAUGCAAACAAAAGACGUCGAAAGGCCAACAAACGUUUGCUUGCGAUCUUAUCGUCUCUCAUUUUUCUUUUUAUGAAUUCAAUUGUUCUAUCCAUCGUUGUUUCGGAAGAGAAAGAAAAAAAAAGAAAAUCAAUAUUUUUCAAUCUUUAGUGCCCUCGUCACUCGACAUAAAUUAAUUACUCCCGAACAACUAAAUCUGUAAACCUUCAUUUCAAGGAACGACAUUUUCCGGUAGUGCGUCAAGCCUCUCCAGAUUUGAUCAGCUAGAUCGAUUGAUUAAUGGAAACAGUUUGUUUCAGGCUACAGAGCUAACUUUGCAUUUGUUCCACUCCGAACGACAGCGACGAGGUUUAGUUUUUAAAGCUAAUUGAUAUUUUCGGAUGCCACUAACCGGUCCCUGUAAUAUUCUGUCACUCUUAUUUCGAGGAAGAAAGUUUCAAUAAAAAAUGAAUCACA